GCAAUAAUCAAGAUGGCGGCACUCUCAGCUGGAUGAAUUGCUUUGAAAGUGAUUUGAAAAUAAUUCCUCAAACCCCGACUCUAUCGGAAAAGUCAAAAGGAUAUUUAACGGAUACCGACCAUUCUCUAUGACUGACGACUCCAAAUUUGCGAUAGUUUCUCCGAAAUCGGUUAAAUUAUACGCUGAGAUUGUUGGCGCGCAAGGUUUGACAGAUGACCUUGCAAGUUCUUUGGCGGAAGAUGUGACCUACAGACUUCGCGAGACCCUUCAGGCAAGUCUGAUCACCACAGGAUUUCUUUGUUGAGUUUAUAUUAAAUAAUCAUCUCGUAACUUGCAACAAACCCACAGAGCGCAUCUCAGUAUAUGAAGCAUGCCAAGAGAAGACGGCUCACAUGCGAAGAUUUCAACAAAGCAUUAGAAAGGAGCAGUACUGAGGUGACAAAUUAAAGCUGUGUUGUUAUUGCACUCAUGAAUAUUACGUGAAACGGAAGCAUGCGAAAUUUAAGGCCUUCACAAGUCUUCGACAACUUCGUUGUUGGGUUUUUGAAGAAACUCCAAACUCCGCGGCCGAAAAUUUUUCCUGGCAUAGGGUUACCCCCCGCAAAAAUUAGCCUCAGAAAUAGAAUUAUUUAAUUAUUACUGUAUUUUCUAUUCACCCUUCAGAAAUUGACGUUUAGAAUUUACAACAAUCCUCUCUCCUGACCCUCUCAAUAAAAUCUCACAGACCUAUAGUGAUCCCUUCAGGAAAUCUAACCCAUAGUGGGAGGGUUCAAGGAGGGGUGGUGGAUGCAAAAUGUAAUGGCCCAAGUGGGUGUAGAUAAAAAUAGAAGUUUGCUUUCAUAAUUAAUGCAGGAUACUCACUGAUAAACCUGAAUGAUAAACCACUGAUCCCUCAAUAAUGAUUGCUAUUUAUACCAAAGCUACUUGAGAACACCCAUCCUUUCAAAACUGGAUUGGAGUUUAGAAAUGGAGAAGAGCAGAGUUGUGCCAUAAAUCACUUAUGGAAUGCUUAAUACAGUUGUUCAUUUUCAAGAUUUAUAAUAAUAAUUAUCAUCGUGAUCAUAUUUUAUUAUUUUUAUCACUCAGCCCAUUUAUGGCUAUGGAUCCUUGGAGGACAUGGCAUUUCGAAGCACAGUGGCCAAAGAUGGAGAAAUUUUCUUUGUUGAUGACAAGGAGAUUGGCUUGCGAGAAAUGGCCAUGAAUGUUGCAGUUCCCACUGAUCCUGGACAGAGAACAGUCAAAGGUAAUAACUGUUUACAUUGUAUUUCAGAUUGCAUCAUUUUAGAAUGCAUCUUGCCUAGCAAAGCUGUGAUGUUCGUGAUGGAAUCCCAUUGACAGCAGUUUGACACAAUACCACAGUCAACUAUUUAUUUAGAAUGGACACCUUUAUAAGACCACAGAGCAUAGGGGCUGGGUGGGCUAUAGCCUCACCAAUAAUUUCACUGCAAUUUUUUUUGCAUUAAUUACAAAAGUAUUUCCAGUCUCUUUGUUAAAAGUGAAUGCCAUUUUCAUUGUUAAAUGUACGUUUAUAUGAAGAAAACUAACAGAAUGGCGAUGAACAUUUUACAAAACUUUCUCACGUUUGAUGGAAAUAAACAUGUUUCUGGUGGUUUUGAAAACUCUAAUUUUCAGCUAGCCCCACCAGUCCAAAAGAUGCUCCAUGAAUUUUCAAUAUGUCCCUAAGUGUACACCAACAAUUAAUUGGUCCCAGCCUUCAUUCCUUUUAUUUGAUUCUCUAUAAAACAGACUUAUGUCUAAGACAGACCACAAGUUAGUAAAAGUCCCCAUGUUUCAACCAUAAAAGUUUAACAGUAUUUUACUUACUUCACUUCAGGAUUGUUGUGAUUUUUUAGCUCUCUUGUUUGUGUAAAUUUUAAAAUUACUUAAGAAUAGACAGUGUAAGUUAUCAUAUAUUUUUUUGCUUAUCUUUCAGCCCAUUGGCUAUGUAUUGAGGGUUCAUUGCCUGUUGGAAGUCAUGCCCAACUAAAUGCUGGUACGUUUUUCAAAAACAGUCCAUUCCAAGGUGAAAGGGAAAAAAUAUGAUUUUCACAACAGUUACCAAAAAAUUAGAAAACAAAUGACUAAAAAUCAAGAUUUAAGUGUGAGUACACAGCCUUAUUUUGUGUGGUUUUGUUUACAAAAACUGUGUUAUUUCGUUCUUCAAUUCAACCUUAGGUCGAGGUAGCAGCACUAGUGAAAACGGAUCUGUGCGCAGCCCCCUGUCAGAGGUGAUAAAUUAGUUAAUUUACUGCCAUUUAUUAUAAGUAAACUCACCUUUGGAUGGUUGUCCACAAUAAUUAUUAGAUUUAGUAUUGUUCACUGUGGUAAUUAAAUCAUACCCAACAUUCCCUAUCAUUUUUUCAUAAUCAAAGAUACUCUAUUUCCAUGCACAGGUUACCAUGGUUACCCAUAGCCAUACCUGUCAAUACGAGUAGCAAGUCACUUAACCUGAGAGAGAAAUGGCAGGGAUGAUCAAUGGCAAUAUUGCAUAUGGGAAAUCCUUGUCACCCUUUUACAUAACUAUCAUCAAACAUGUCUGCCUCCCCUAAACCAAGGCAGAACUGGUGUAUCUUAAGGUCCAUGUUAAAUUCUUUACUUAAUUGUCACAUUCAGUUUUCACUACUGAUGUUCUUCCUGAUUAUUAGCUCCUUUGUCUACCUUAAGAUUAAGUACUUUUGAACCUUGUGUUUAUCUCUUUGUAGGCCUGUUUGAGUUAUUAUGAGCAGAUCACAAAGGCUGUCUUAGGUGAUGAGGACGAGUCCUGCAGAGUAUGUCUUCUUCAUUUUAAUAAACUGCUUUUCAGUCUGAGGUUUAUUGAUUGUUAAUAGAGAUGUGAAUCCCGAAAACCACAUGCAAUAAACAGCAAGCAUUUUGAGUUCAACAAUAGUUGAUAGAUACACCUUGUUCAUCACAUAUUGAUAACAAGUACCACAGUGGGCUACUGUUCAGACAUGCUUUCACUUGAGUGGCCACUCUUUAGGAUUUAAUCCCAAAGUUAUAACAGGGCUCCAACAUGCCUUGAAAGUCCAGUUGAGUUUAAAAGUCAAAAUUCAACUUGCUUUCUUAGUAUGAGAUUCUGGAAAACUGCCAACCUACCCCUCCCCUAAUCAAACAUUUUUCCCUUAGUAAGAAGUCAGUGUCAAUGUGGGCUUAGGGGAGAGGUGGUUGGAAAGAUUCAGAUGACCGUUUCCAGAUUCUCAAGUGACUAAUAAGUCUAUAAACAUGUCUGUACAAAAGUUUCAUACAGAAAGGAGAUGAUUUAAGCACUUUUCAAUAUUGAUUUACCUUUCUGUUUAAAAGGAGUGAGAACCAUCUGGAACCACGUUUAUAAAUUUUCUGGUGAUUACUACAUUGUCAUGUAGUUGUGUCUGAGCUGACACUUACAUAUGUCUGAGUUGCUGGCUUAGUUCUGGCCUAAUCUGUAUUAUUUUUCUUCUCCUUCAUUCACCAGGUGGCUCUAAGUGAUUUGAGGACUAACCCCAAGAUUUCCUCUUUAUUGGCAUAUUUUGUGAAUUUCAUUGCAUCAGGAGUAAGUAAAAUAGCCAUCUGGAGUAGAGGAGAGUAGUGUGAUAUCGCAUUACCAUGGUAGCAAAAUUUCUGGAUCUCAACAAUCUUUCUUGACAGAGACGUCCCUUUACAUUGUCAAACCAUCAAAGAAAAGUAUGGGAUACUGUUUUGUUCCUGAGUGCAAUGAUGCACAGGAAAGUCAUACAUGUUAAUUUUUUUCAUUUUUUUUGCCAUAUUUGCAGGACCACGGUUUCUUGAGGUCCUCCAGAGUUUUUGCUACAAUGGCAACAUGACAUAAUGACUUCUCCUCUCUAUUAUUUUGCUGUUGUUACUAGGAAAACAAGAAUUCUGAAGGAGUUUAGGAAUCAGAAUCAUAUUAUUAUUCUUUUGUACUGAUCAGUACAAAAAGAAAAUCAACAGAAAGGUUGAUCAUUAGAUAAGUACUGUGUAAUAAACCUGCAGGAGUGCUUUAUCAGGUUUAACACAUGAGGUGGGAAGUUUCAGAAUUUAUGAAGCACAAAAACUGAUGUAGAUCUAUUCCUUCUUGCACUAAUUAUUUUUAUUUGGGGUUAUAUUGGACAUAAAGAUUCGCCCUUUUGAUAUCAGAUAGAAAGGAAAGGACAUUAAUGAUCUCAAAGAUGAAAAUAAGAGCCUUGAUUUCAAGACAAAUACAUAUCAUUCGCAUUAUGAUAAUCAGAAUGACUAAAUCAGCCGUAAUGGUGUCAAAGAAUUUUGCUCUUAUGGAACAUGAAUUUCAAGUUAUCUUAAAUUGGUUUGUUUACUGUGGUUUGCAUACCCAUUUGCCCCUCAAAAAGCUCCUUUUUUCUGAUGGCAAUAGUAUUUUUCAGGUGAAGUCCUACAGCCAUGACUUAACACAGCUGAGCAAGCUACUGAGUAUGGUUAGAUCACUGAUUGAAAAUCAGUCCUUGUUUUUGGAACCCUAUGUAAGCAAUUUGAUUCUUGUUUUCGUUUUAGUUUUAGUUUUCCUGUUAUGUUUUUGGCAACUUAAUACUGAUAACAACUUUACCUACCUAGAAUUGUUAACUGCUGCAGCCUACUAAGUUCGUCAGUUUUUCGCUUGUCUCUCUCUCCCUCUUGCACUUUUUCAUCAGAUGUGCAAGAACAUAAACAUCAGUAGAUAUUGAACAAUAGCCUUGCGAUAGACUUUUUGAAUUUUAUCGUCUGUUUAAUAAAUUAGUGAGUAACUCAGACUUCCUGCGUACUACUUAAGACUUCCUACAAACUUAUUUUUGUUUUUUUCUUCUGACCUACUUUAUGGUAGUUUUAGAUUUCCUGCAUACAUGUACUAUUUACCUGUUGAAUGCUUCAAGUACAUGUAAUUGAUUAGCUGAAUUAGUAUAAUAAAUGAGUUUUGCCAGUUUUAUCAAUACACUUGCCCUCUUUUAAUUCAUACCGGCACUUGAUUUCAGUUACGAUUGGCUGCACACGCCUUGUUCAUUGUGAUUGUAAAACACAAAAACGCUUGAAUUUAUUUCCUCGUCUUGCCCUUGAAUACUUGACUUGAAGUGAACGUCUAUCGCGUUUGUUGUUUAACAAAGGAAAUAAAAGAAACACGCUAGCGUUAAAAUUAAUGCAAAGUUAAUAUAAUGAAGUAGUUUUAUAACGUUGCAUGAUAUAGCGUAAUAUAGCGAGGGGAUUUACGGUCGUGUCGCCUACGAGUCAUUUCGCCAACGUCCACUUCGCUAACGCCUUAAGUCCUUUCGCUAACGUAUAACGUGUAGAACGAGGUAUAUGUGUAUCGCACUCUUUCGUAUCAUGGCGCAAAGAAAGAGGCAAGCUCGCUCCCAGGUUCCCUCUAGAGGACCCUGGGAACGAGGUACACGUUGAGUGCUGGUUUCGUUUCAUAAAAGGAAUGACUUAAGACAUUAGCGAGGGCGACGUAAGCGAUUCAACGACCUAUAGGCGAAACGACCGGUCGCCAGCGAGGGUUUUGUUCUGACAGUCUACAACCUUUCUCUCCCUUUUAUACUGUUUGGUGAAAUUAUUCUGUUCGUUUUCGUAGGUUAUUCAGCUUGUCACAGCUGUCAUGUAUUGUUUGCUUGAGUCUCUUGCUGCCUCCCUUAAUCCACAUAAUGAUCACUGGCGGCUGAGGGAUGAGGCAGCCAACAUUCUGGCUCGCAUCAGUAGGUACGGGUUACUACUUCUCUAUUCACUCUGCUACCCUGUCAAAUGGUCCUGACUGCUCUCUCGCGCAUGCAUAAGGUGCUGGUGUGUGCUUCAGUGCUGAAUUUGGUCUUGCUACCCCUUACAACGAAUUACGAUCGUUAAGGAAGUAUUUCAGUUUGUUUUUAAAACUUUUAUUGAUCGUGUAUGCCUGAUCGUUUUACCCGUCGCAGUUUGACUUGCAUGCUUGCUUACUGCUAUGCUCUACAGUGCUACAGUGUAAGUUAAGAUCUUGCUUUCUUGCAUUCUCGUUCCCAGAGCCCGUCGUUUCUUCUGGUCACGUGGUCCGUUACAAAUUAAUCCGAGUGUCUCUAGGGACGAGAAUGGCUUUCUUGCAAUCCAAGUUUUGUUAGUCUAAAUUGUGACUUCGGGCGAAUCGACCCAAUUCCAGGCGAAACAACCUGGAUACCCUUUACAACCUGUCCCUGAGAGAUAUUGCCUUUUAACCUAAGAAUUUUGGUAAAGAUCGGUGAAAUUAAUUUUGAUUUACUUCUAAGCAAUGCUCCACUGUCAGUCGACCCGAGACAGGUUUUUCACUUCGUCCAGUUAAAAAAAUAACAUAAGCCUCAAAUGUGUCGUGGGCUGGUAAAUAGAUUUUUCUCAACACAGAUGGUUAAGGGAAAUUUUUCUGAACUUUCUGAAAGUCCAUCACUACGAGUCGUAUGUUGUUUUUUUCUCCAAUCCAUUCUCUCUUCCUUCUCUCUCGCCAUAUAUUCAGGACCUACAAAAAGUAUUAGUUUCCUAUCGGGGGUGACGAAUGCUUCCAGUUGAAGGGGCCCUUCUUUAAGCUCACUAUUUUCGGUAGGCAAUGACGACCAACACAGUAUUGACGGCGCUAAUUCUGCUUGACUCUAUUUCAUCCGUUUGUUUGUCUACAGGAAGUGCAGUAAUCCUGUUAACUACCUAAAACAGCAGCUGUUGAUGACGCUUCAAGAAGUGUUGUUAGAUGAUGGCCGCCCUUUCUGUUCACAUUAUGGUGCAGUAGUCGGACUGACUGAGUUGGGGCCAGAGGUAAAAUCAGACUGUUUACACUCGCAGUUUUGUAUUUUCUCUUGUGAUUGUCGAGAGUGAUCACCAAAUUCCAGAGGCCCCGUCCAUUUUUCAUGUGGAGAACGCCGGAAGUCUGUAGAGAGUGUAAAUUAGCCUCCCAAGAUUUAAUUUCCCUCAUCAUCAUGAAAUCUCGACAUCUGUUAGCCUGUCAAAUUCGGCGAUUGAUCUCGACAAUCACACGUAAAAUAGGGAACUGUAAACAUUCAAAUAGUGACUUUUAAAACUUGAUUAUAUUUUCCGUUAUUGUUAGUUCCUAAAGUAAUCUAACGGCAUGUUAUUUGGUUGUUUGUUUCAGGCACUAGAACAGUUUGUAAUGCCUCAUCUGCGCACAUACUGGAAUCAGCUACAGCAAGUUCUAGACGAUACCACCCAGUCGAAUGCUCUUUUGCAAGAUGAAGCCUAUCAAGUUUAUGGAGCCCUUCUUGUAAGAAAAGUGACAGCGCCUCUUCAUAUUAUUGGUAGUUACCCAGAAUUAGAAUUAGAUGCGAGCAAAUUUAGCUUGGCUGGGAUUGUAAAAAAAGAGGAAUCGUGUAAUUAGGAGACUGAGCCAACUUAACCUUAUUUGAUAAAAGUAGUGAAAAACUUUCUAUCUUGUUUGCAUAAGUUUCAGGUUUUGCUCAUAAAUGGUCAUGCACCUGAAGUAGGUUAGUAUUUCUCUAGCUGUCAUCUUGACAUCGAAAGACGUCUAGUACACGCAUCCGUUCUUGAAGGAGAUCCGGAAAGAAACCUUUUGUCUUUAUCUUAGUGCUGGGUUGUCUUCUGUAAUGCAGUUUUAUUUGGCACAACCAUGCACUGACUUAAAAUAACGUGUUCGAUAUUUUCCUUCUUCAGCAGGCCGCUGGAUGUCUUUUGAAAUCCAAACAAUUUGGUGUGCCCAUCUCCUCUCUCGGGACUCAAGUCAACAACUCGCACCCAUUCUUGCGCAGCAAUCUGUCGCCGUGGGCUGGGACGAGCGUAAUUCAGCGCCCAGCUGCCGUGGGCUCUACGCGAUCGCGGUCGAGUUCGACCAGUCUUGCAUCCAACUCUCUUCAAUUGUACCAACAACUCUACGAGGUGUUUGGAGAUAGUUUAGGGCCCAGAAUUGCACAUAACAACUGGCAAGACGCUGCUGUAACGAAGAACAAUCAGCUGCGGAUGCAACCAUUUGCGCAUGCGUACUUUCCAUUACGCCCGCUCGCACGUGAUGCUAAUGUGAUCAAAGAAAUAAUAAUCAAAGCGAGAGAGAAGCUACGGCUAGUGAGACCCCAAACACCGGCGCAAGGAACCAAGAGAAAAAGAACGACCAGCGAGAGCGGUUCAGCUCAUAAGACUUCAGAGAAACGGGCAGGAACAAAAGCUAAACGCAUUUGCAUGACAGUAAGCCCUGCGCGAGCGAGAAUUCAACAAGUCCCAAUGGAUUUAGACCCUGAAGAACCCAGUCCCUCACGAAGCUCUAAGAGGGGCGGUCACAAGGCUUUUGAAGUGCCAGGGAUACAAGCACAAGGAGGCCGGAAACAUUCGAAGAGAGCUAUUGUUACCGAACGCAUACGUAGAAAGUUUAGAAGAGUCAACCCUUCUUUGAAUAAUACGGCGAAGUAUGAUUAUCAUUUAGGUGUAAUAUUAUAGUGUUUCGCUCGCAUUUUUUGUUAGAUACCAUUAUUACAGAACAAAGCUAGACUCGACGCUUUUUGGUGAAACAUGUAGUGGUACGUAUCACUGUCGGAACAGAAAAGUGGUAACUUUUGUCACCUCAUUGAGAGCUUUAAAUAUAUUUGUCAAACUCAUAACUAUUUAGUAGGCAUGUUGUUCAAUAAGGUUCCGUCCAAAUCCAGAUAUUUUUGAAAACGGAGAUUUUUUCAUCCGUCUUAGCCUUCCUUCCACACGUCAACGGCGUUUUCGGACACCAAAAGCGCAGUUUUU